AUGGAUGACGUCAGUAGCACCUUCGAAUGUCCCCAUCCCCAGUGCUCAGAGGAAUUCCUUAGUUGUGCAGAGCUGGAAACUCAUCUAAUUGUGGCUGCACAUCACAGCCCAGUGAAGACGGUACAGAGGGGUGUGUAUGAUCAGUUACGAAUCGAUUGGGUUCAGCAUUUCCAGAGCAUUUCACUGGAUUCCAAAAGAAGGUCUCGCCUUCAGAAGGAAGUUCAAAUUGAAACCACAACGGAGGAAACUUCGCUCCGAUUGGGUUGGGCACUUCACCAACCUAAAGACGGACAAACACGCUUUUCUGACAAAAUCCGUGGGUACUUACAAAAAAAAGUUGACAUG